GCGAUGCAGUCGAAACCUGCCAGCUACAUUGUCGCAGUCAGCAUUCUGGUACCGCUGAGUGUGACCGCUGUCCUCCUUCGAGUGCUCUCGAACAUCGAGAGAAAGCAGUCACUGAAAGUCCAUGAUUAUCUCAUCUUCUUAGCGGAAGUGGGUACCCUCAGUGACGUCGAUCGUCCUGUUGCCGUCGGUGGACUCGGACUACAUUAUGAGGGGCUCUCGUUCUCACAGAUCGUUCUCACGCUCAAGAUUGGAGAAUGGGCGUGGACCACCUUCAUCACUUCAUUUCGAUUGGCCAUUCUACUUUUUUACAUGCAGAUCAUCAAGACGAAAACCUUCAAUCGCCUUUGCUGGGUCACCAGUACAUUGGUUUUCGCCUACUGGGUAGCCUGCGUUCUCACAAUAUGCCUCUUGUGUCGUCCAAUUGCCUACAAUUGGAACCGCUUGCUGAGGGGAUCUUGUGGAGACGUGAUGGCGAUUGAGAUCUUCUCCGGCGUAUGGAACAUGCUUGUCGACAUAUGGGUGGUGUUUCUGCCACUUCCGAGUAUCUGGAAGCUGCAUAUGAACGGACAGAGGAAGUGGGAUGUUACAGCCUGCUUCGCGCUCGGAAUUCUGUAA